AUGCUUCAACCUACACCCUGCACCCUACACCCUGCACCCUACAUGCUUCAACCUACACCCUGCACCCUACACCCUGCACCCUACAUGCUUCAACCUACACCCUGCACCCUACAGGCUUCAACCUACACCCUGCACCCCUACACCCUGCACCCUACACCUUUCAUCCUACACCCUACACCCCACAACCUGCACCCUACACCCUAUAUCCUGCACCCUACAUCCUGCACCCUACACCCUAUAUCCUGCACCCUACAUCCUGCACCCUCCAACCUGCACCCUGCACCCCUACACCUUUCACCCUACACCCUACACCCCACAACCUGCACCCUAAACCCUGCACCCUACAGGGUGCAACCUACACCCUGCACUACACCCUACAGCCUGCACCCUUCACCCUACAGCCUGCACCCUGCGACCCUACACCCUAAACCCUACACCUUUCACCCUCACACCGCACCCUACACCCUCACACCGCACCCUACACCCUACACCUUUCACCCUACACCUUUCACCCAACACCUUUCACCCUACACAUUCACCCUACGCUAA